AUGAAGGCUAUUUACGGUAUUCCCGUCGUUGGGGCUCUCGUCUACCGAGCCUGGUCGAGAAAAUCAUUGACUCCACUUGGCCUUGUCGUCGCGGGCUUGUCGGCCAGUGCUCACGCUUUGCACCCAUGGUACACACCGUUUGCAUUACUCGCGGUGUUUUAUUUCGGGGGCACCAAGGCGACUAAGGUUAAACACGACAUCAAAGCUCGCCUGACGCUCUCCGCGACCGGUACCGAUGGCGGCGAAGGCGCACGAAACCAUAUUCAAGUGCUGGCCAACUCGGUCGUCGCUACUGUCCUCAGUAUCGCACAUGCAUACGUUCUCUCGAAGAAUCCCUCUACCGAUUCCUGUUUUUCUCUUGGAAACAAUGCAGCAGAUAUUUUGAUGGUCGGGGUUGUCGCAAACUACGCUGCGGUCGCUGCUGACACCUUCUCUUCUGAGCUGGGCAUCCUCUCCAAAUCCAAACCUCGUCUGAUAACCUCGCUCACCUUGCGUGAAGUGCCGCCAGGCACCAACGGCGGCGUGACCGCCACCGGAUUGGGGGCCGGUCUCUUGGGUUCUUUCACCGUCGCCCUGACAUCCGCCAUCUCCCUACCUUUCUGUUCCGAACGGUCGCUACAAGAUCGUGCACUGUGGGUCGUUGCGAUGUCCUGCUGGGGUCUACUGGGAAGUGUGCUGGACAGCGUGCUCGGCGGACUGCUACAGGCCAGCGUGGUGGACAAGCGAAGUGGCAAGGUUGUAGAAGGGGAUGGCGGUAGAAAGGUCCUGGUUCACCCUGGUUCGAUGCAAGCGGGCGGCCUUUCGGUGGUUCCGUCUGGAGAGUCGACUGGCAGCUCCCAGCUGAAGGAAAUGGAAAGCGUCGCGAACACGGCUUCCUUACGAGGAACACGUGUGACGGGUACGUCUGUGGGUACGCAGUCUGGCCAGGAAGAUAGUCAUGAGAGCCGACGUGUGGAGAGUGGACAUGAUUGGCUGGAUAACAAUGGCGUGAACGUCCUUAUGGCUCUACUAAUGAGCAUGGGCGCCAUGGGCAUUGCACAUUGGAUUUGGCAGGUUGAUCUGCAGGAGCUGCUUGUUUAA